UCCAAGGUAAACAACUUUUAAAAAGCUUCUGUAGAAGGCAAAUAAAUCUCUGACUUAUCGGACAAAAAUCAAUAUGUGGUAAUAGAAAAGUUUAACAAUGAGUCACGUUCCUGUCUGAACUGUCAAUAUAUCAUGUCAAUAAGACUUGUUGAACUUAAGACAAAUGUUAAACCGAUGGCUCCAGAAAAUCCGUGUGCAGUGGCACGCUGUUGAUAUGCAUGCCUCUGAUGUUUGAACAAAAAGUGCUACUGGACAACAGAAAAAUGCUAUGCUGUUUUGCGGAAAUGUUGCACUAAAAGAUUUCUUUCACCGUAAACAUGACCACCCCUCACAGGCAGAUUUGGCACCAAUCAAGUUCUGUUAUUUCUGAGGUGGAUCACAGAGAUUUGGCAAUCAUCGGGGAAUAUCUAGAGGGUCCACCUCAACUGCUGAAACACAAACGCGUGGAAAGGGACCCAGACUAUGACAAUAUAGAGAACAUAUAUGCAAGACUUCCAAGUAAAUCUCCCUCCCCCAGACAACUAAGGCCAGUACACAUCACAUGUGAGUGUCAUAAAAAAAGUCAGACACUUGGAACAGGUAAACAUGGCCGGUCGAAUGAGAGGGGCAGCUCAGGAGAAGAAUCUGAGGAAGAGGAAGAUGUUGACCUUGGGGUGCUGUUGAAGAUGCUUGAUGGACUGAGCAAACGACCAGACAGCAAAAUUUCCUGUCAGGCCUUUCAGGGCGUACUAGAGGGGUUUUCCUGUCAAGAGGCCCUCAAAGGGGAAGAAAUUAAUAAGGUUUGCCAGUAUUUGGAAUCAGAAAGCUUAAAGAUAAAAGAGAUGACUUGGUGUUUGAUAAGUAAGCUGUGUGGAAAUGUGUCUAAUGUGAUUCUGCUUCUGGAGAGGAAUCUUGUGAGGAACAUGACCCAGGCUAUCAGUGCCUCCGCUCAGUGCCUGGGACCGUGUUUAGAGACACUCAUAAAUGUGGUGGGUCAUGAGAGCCUUAAGGAUGAUUGGUAUGAGUCAGUCCUGAGUGAUUUUGUGCCCCUACUUCUGGCUGCCCUGUCUAUGGAGGAUAUAGCCUUGGAACACAAGUACAGGAUUGGAUGUUUCUUCCAUUGUCUAGGAAAGGAGCAGGACUUCUUAGGAAUUAUUGAAAAUCGAGUCCUACCAAUUUUAUCUGGAAUGAGGAAUUCCAGUUCUAAAUUAAAGGAGAUCUACACUAAAAUUUUGGGAGAGGUUGUGAAAAAUGAAGACUCUACGAUGUCUGGUAGUGUUGACCAGGGAGUGACCACUGUAGCGGUCAGCAUGCUCAAAGAGGGACCUUGUGACCAGCAGAUUGAGGCAUUAUCACUCCUGUGCAUUCUCGCAGAGACAGACAAAGGGAGGACCACUGUAAUUAAUGAUGAUGAAAUUCUCCCCACUGCCCUCAUCUGUGUCCAGCAAUCUAAGUGCAGAUUAGUGAGACAGAGGGCGUUGGUGUUGAUGAACCAUGUGACCAUCACUAGACGGCUGGGACUGUGUAAGGAAGUGAUGACCCACUUGUCCCACAGUCUGCUGCCUGGUCACCAGGCUGACAAAGUACAGGUUGGGGUCAGGCAGGAGAGGGAGGGCAGGCUGUGGAGGGGGCUGGACAGUUACGUGGAAAUGUUAGCAAAACUCUUCUGUAAAGAAGCUAAGAUAGAAAGGAACAGCUUACAGAAGGUAAUAAAGUGUGGGUACAGACCAGGAUGUGAUGUCCAGCUAUUGGUCAAUUGUUCCGUGGCCAUUCUGAAUGUCUGUCUAUGGCCAGCUCACAGAAAUAAGCAGGAUUUGAAUUCACUUGACCUGUCCAGCUUCACAGAUUGUGAAGUUCAAAGGAAGAAGUAUGGGAAAAUCAACAGAGCCCUGGUACAGAUGGUGUGGGAUUCCUUUGGAAAUUGUAUGUUCGAGUUGUUGUCAUUCUUCUCUAGGAAACUCCGAAACAUUUUAGAGUUAGCUCUGCAGGCCAGGGAAGGCAAACAUCUCUGUUCAGAGCAUGAAGCCAAGUCUGCCGGUGGACUGAAGGUUCUGGAUCGACUUGGAUUUGCUGAUCUGUACGCUGUUUUUGAAGAAAGAGAGGUGGAUCUUAUUGUGAUUCUUCUGGAGCUUGUGCUUGUUAUGUCCCUGUGUUCAUGUAAAAGUUUCUCAGAUUUCUUUCCUACUUCUGCCAAAUCAAAUAAAAAGUCUUCAACUGCCAACUCAAAAUCAGACAUCUCCACACAAGGGUCUCUGACUCGUCCUGGUUCACCUUUGAAAAGCAGACCGACAAGUGCAAUAGGUUUGUCCUCCGUGUCAGAAGAGGAGCGUCGUCAAGGACUCAAACAAAAGGAGAUCAGUGCAGAGCGACGGUUGCUAAGGAAGUGCCUGUAUGAACAGGAUGUGGUUCGAGUGGUACUGCCUUUCAUUCAGUGCUCACAUUUACAAUGUCAGGUUUUCUCUUGUGAGAUCCUUAGAGCUAACAUUCAGGCCAUAGAGGAAAGGGAGAUAACUCUGAACAGCCUUUUUGGUCCAACCAAUGCCAGCGCCAGUGCCAAACUCCGUCCUCAGUCAGCUGUGGCAUCCAUAUCUACUGACCUCCGCCUUCAGCAGGCCCUUCAUACUAUGUCUCCACAUGUGGCUCACAUUGUCAAGGAUGCUCUGGGGACGAGGCUGGCCCCUUCCACCCCACACGUGAUCCCCAGGGUAGAGGAAGAACCGGAUACAAAUUCAGAAGCUGUGUCCAGACUCAGUCAGUAUGUGAUUGACAACAGACCCAAGUCUAGACAGACAGACUCCAUUCCAGAAGUGCCCAAGCCUGUUCUUGAUCCGGUAAAGCCUGUAGCUCUCCAGUGUAGGGAUCUCCUGUUACAGGAGGGUGGAUCUAGGAUUUUAACACCACUAUUUGCUUCUUCUCUGGAAGUUAAAAAGCUAUGUGCACUCCUACUGGGGGAUCUAGUGCGUUUUGGAAAUGUUGAUGUACACAUGACCCUGUCACAACUGGGCUGUAUGCAAAAACUACUAGACUUCUUAAGAACCAAUACCAAUAAUGAACUAAUAGAGAUCAUUGGUCUGAUCAUUGUCCAGAUGCUGGUGAAGAGUGACAAAAGAAUAGAGGAGGUCUUCAAUCAUUAUGGAGGCACCAGGUUGCUGAUGGCUAUGGUAAAAUUCACCACUGGUGACCUUAAAAAGCAGGCCAUCAGCACGCUGAAAACAGUGACCCGUGGAACAAAAAAGAACAGACCUAGCUCAGCACCAGUGUCUACAAGCAAGAAAGCCCCGGAUGUGUGGGACAAGAUCCAACAGCAAUGGGCAAAGCAGGAUAAGGUGGAGGAGGUGUUACACCAGUGGUACAGAUAGACAAACAAUGUGUUGAUAUACAUAUACAUUCUAGUGGUACGGAUAGACAAUUUCACAAUAUUACAGAUAGGAAAACAAACCCCAAAGUACGUCACAGAAUGGGGCUAUUACAAACGUCAUUAACUGUUGUAUUAUUUGAUUGGCAAGUGUUGCAUUACCCUAUCUACAUGUAUGUUCACUAUUAUGUAGUAGUAACACUGUAUCAUGCCUUGUCAUUUAUCACAUUUCUUUGAAUCCUGAUACUGGUUUUCAAUUGAAAGUGUUUGUGAUUUGUGCUCAAUAAAUCAGUCAAACAAUGAUACUGUUUCUAUAUCGUCUGCAUUCAGUGACGUCAGACUGGAUUGUUUAUCGUCUGCAUUCAGUGACGUCAGACUGGAUUGUUUAUCGUCUGCAUUCAGUGACGUCAGACUGGAUUGUUUUUCUGGUUCAGAUUGCAACCCUCAGUAACAUGUCAGUUUUUUUUUUGUCCUCGUUUAAUGUACAACUGGAUUGACUCUAUUGGUGUCGUUCUUGUUAAUAAAAACUAUGGCCUGCAAACAAACUAUUUCAAGAAAUGGAACGAUUUGUCUAGAUGUCUUAAGAAAGAAAAUUAUUAAAAUGUAUUAAACAUGAGUGGAAGUCA